AUGUCCCACAAGUGCCCGAAUUCGGACCACCUGAACCAGCGGCUCGUUGUUUGCGAAGCCUGCUCGACUGCGAUCGAGACCACCGAGGAAGACGAGAAGACGAUGUUGCAGAGGCAAGAGAGGUUCGGGGACUGCGACCUGGGGGAGAAGAAAACGUCGGCGUGCCCCAACCGUCGGUGCAGGGAGAUGCUGACGUUCUCCGACACCAGCACGCCGGCGGUGGCGGUGGCGGCGCCUGCGGUUGGAGGGCGGUGGAAUGAGAAGCUCUGGGCGGCGCUGGCCUGGAAGUGGAUGAGCAAGAAGGAGUGCGGGAAGGAAGAGUGGGGAUCAGUAUCUUGCUGA